UCAGCAUAGAUAUCUAUGGUGUCUGACAGGAUGAUCCGCUCAGCGUUGAUCUGCUGGCUCCUCCUGGUUGCCAGGGGCAACGGGAAGCCCACGGAGCGGCGGCCUCGGGUCCAUCAGGAGGAGCCACUCAGCGUGCUGCAACACGACGACAAGCAGAACUUUGACUACGACCACGAGGCGUUCCUCGGGCAAGACGAGGCCAAGGCCUUCGACCACCUGUCGCCUGACGAGAGCAAGCGCAGACUCAGCAUCAUCGUGGAUCGGAUUGACAGCAACAAGGACGACUUUGUCUCGGAGGACGAGCUGAGGCUCUGGAUCGAGGCCGUCCAAAGCCAGCACAUGUUUGAGGACGUUGAGCGCCAGUGGAGCGAGUUUGACCUGAACCGGGACGGCCUGAUCAGCUGGGACGAAUACAGGAACGUCACGUAUGGCAGCUACCUGGACGGCCCUCUGACACAGACGGAGUACAACUACACCCACAUGAUGGCGAGGGACGAGAGGCGCUUCAAGGUGGCCAACAGGGACGGAGACCUGAGUGCAGACCGGCAGGAGUUCAUGGCCUUCCUCCACCCAGAGAACCAUGAGUACAUGAAGCAUGUGGUGGUGCAGGAAACCAUGGAGGACAUAGACAAGAAUGGAGAUGGCUUCAUUGACCUCAAGGAGUACAUCGGUGACAUGUUCACCGCAGAGAACGGAUUGGAGGAACCGGAGUGGGUCGCCUCGGAGCGUCAGCAGUUCUCAGAGUUCAGAGACAAGAACCAGGACGGGAAGAUGGACCGGGAGGAAACUCUGGACUGGAUCCUACCGGCAGACUACGAUCAUGCCGUCGCCGAGGCCAAGCACCUGCUGUAUGAGUCCGACUCCAACAAGGACGGGAGACUGACCAAGGAGGAAAUUCUCAACAAGUUCGACCUGUUUGUGGGAAGCCAGGUGACGAACUACGGCGAGGCUUUGCUGCGACACGAUGAGUUCUAGAAACACCCCGAGUCCAUCGUUAAUUUAUUACUGACCUGUAGAGGAGAGAAGUUCUGCUCCUGGUUCUGAUCUGGUCUGCCUGGCAGAUGUUUAUCUGAGGAAGACCUGAAGGAUUAUUCCACUCUAAGUCUGUUUCUGCUCCACAAACCAAAAGAACGUACAACUCCCUCAGUUCAAAGGUACCGCUCCAUGGUCCACUCAAAGACCAGCCCACAUCAUCACCCCUCCACCAUCGUGCCUUACAGUUGGGCUGAAAAUCUCUGUCCAAACAACCAGCUAGGCAUCAUGGGAUUACCUGAGGUGGAGCUUGUUAGGUUCUGACCUCUGACCCCAUUAAUUAAUUAACUAGCAGUUACUUGCCCUCCUGCCCUCCAUGUGUCACCACUCACGGUCUGACCUUUAACCUUUGAACUGAAGGAGACUGUCAAUGCUCAGAUGUUGGAUCUGGAUGGAAGCGGUGGGGUUCAUACAGAACUGCCACACCUCAAACGGCCACCAGAGGGCAGCAGAGGACAGGUCAGCAGAAGAUAACAGCCAGUCUGGGUUGGACCCCUGCCCUGGUACCGCCUGGUCCUCGGUGCUCUGCCCCCUGGUGGCUGUUGUAGCUCUUCUUGGUUUUACAUCAACCCGGUUCUGUCGGUGAGCGUUUAACUCUGAGCUGUUCUACAGAACAGUUUCUCUGGUUUGGACCCGCCUCCAUCUGUUCCUACCGUGCCUUCUGUUGCUGACUGUUUUGUUGGUUUGAAGCCACAACUUGUGUUUUUGCAGAAUUGAGGACAAGCAGACAAUAAAUUGAAUAAAUUUUUA